UGAAGGGUCUCAGCCGGAAAUCUUGCCUUUAUUCUUUUCCAUAGAUGCUGUCUGGCCUGCUGAGUUCCCCCAGCAUUUUGUGUGUUUGGCUCGAACUGCAAAUUUUCUCUUGUUUGAGAGUCCUUUCAUUUUCACAGGUAGCUGAACCACUCCCUGGUUCAAUGUUCAAUGCUCAUGGUUGAUGACUGCUGUUAGUUUUACUCUCCACACAUCCCUCAGUCUCAGUGCUCAGAGUCCAAAGUCAAGGAAUGUGAGACUGGAAACUUUCCAGAAUUGACUGGAAAUUUGGCUCCCGCUCGGUGAUCGGACAUGUUGCUGCUCGCUCUUCUCUUCACUCUGGGAGUGUUUCUCACGAAAGCUGAAAGGGAAAAAGUGGUUGGUGUCCUUGGUUCAUCCGUUUUACUGGAUCCUGAAAUCACCAUUGAUUCCAGCAAGAAUGAACUCCUUUGGACUUUCAAAGCCAGCAACAAAAGCCAUGAUGGUAUUUUGGAUCACAUCCCAGGUGUCGCCACAUCGGAACCAAGUGAACAGUUCAAGGACCGUUUACAAUUCAACGCUUUGACUGGUGCAUUGACGAUAAGCAGAUUAAAUGCUAGUGACCAAGGAGAUUACACCUUCGCUGUUGAUGGGAAAGAGUUGAAAAUAAUAGAAUUGCUUGUUAUUGAUAAAGUGAAAGAAAAGGUUGGUCUCCUUGGCUCAUCAGUUUUACUGGAUCCUGAACUCAAAGUUGAUCCCAGCAAGAGUGAAAUAGUUUGGACCUUCAUCAGCCAGAACAUUUUGCGUCAUGUCCCAGGUCACAGCUUAGUGGAACCGAGUGACCAGUUCAAGUUUCGUCUGCACUUUAAUACUUCUAAUGGUGCUCUGACUGUGAAUGGAGCAGAACGUCUUGACCAAGGAGAUUACACCUUCAUUGUGGAUGGACAAGAACUGCUGAAAAUACAACUGCGCCUCUUUUCUGAGCUCUCAGAAGGUUCCAUAUUUACUAACAGCAAAUCACUGGGAGUCACGGUCGAGCUCACCUGUGAUGUCUUUGGAGAUUCGAAUGUGUAUCACUGGAAAAAGAAUGGAGGGGAAAUCUCCCAGCGUCACCAACUAACAGAUGAAAACAGAAGACUUGUUAUCCCAAGCGCUUCAUUUGAAGACUGUGGAGUGUACACCUGCAUCACAACCAAUCCUGUCAGCUCCAUCCAGACAAACUACACCUUACUGUUGCGAGGAUUUUCCCUCAAGGACGUUGUAAUGCUUGCUGCAUUGACUGCAGGACAGGUGAUUUCAGUACCAGCUCUUCAUUCAGCGAUGUUGCCGGGCCAGUGGGGGUGGAAAACCCUCGGAGGGCAUCUGGGAUACAGAUUUUAUUUUCUAAGCCUGUGGAUCUGUAAUACUUUGUCACUUACCGCCAUAUACAUUGCAUUAAUUUAUUGGAUAGCGGUUGAAGGCCUUUCCCCAAUGGACUUUGUAGUGAUUGGUGUGAUGAUCAUUGGACAGCAGCUUUCUUCACUUUAUAUUAGAGCACUUCUGUAUGUGACUAAGAUAAGGGGAUCACUGACAGUUUCUCACACAUUCAGAAUUUGGUUGAAGUUCAAAGCCAUCUGUGAUAUCGUCCGCUUCAAUUGUUUCAUCAUUGCCUGGAUCAUCAGCACUGCGAUUUUAGUUACAGGCCUUUCCACCACGGGAAUUGUCAGUAUUGUCCUGUUAUUCGUACUGCCAAUUGUGUUCAUUUUACUUCUGAUGUGUCAGUCCAUAAAAAAGGAUUUGGAUAAAGGUUAUUCCAUCAAGUUCACUUUAAUUGAUGCUUUGCAGUUCGUUGGCCUGAUGCUGCCAUUGGUGAAUGUUCUGCUUCUGUUUUACUUGAUCUACAAGAAGAUUUUUGAUAAAGAAUUGAUGCUCUUCCAAAUGGUUAUCUAUAACCUAGUAUUCUUACUUGGCAUGGCUGUCAGCACUUCGACAGAAGGUCUUCACAGCGAGGACACUGUCACAUUUGCCGUGUCAAUCACAACGGUGGUGUUGUUUGCAGUGGCUUUUAUUUCAUUUGUGAUUCUUUGGUGGAAAAUAUUUUGGUACAAAGAUGGUGAUAAAUUGAGAAGAUGGAUAUCUGUCUAUAAUGCUGGUUUUCUCAUUGUCAUCAUCAUUGUUACAAUUUCCUGGAUGGUGUUUAAAGGCCUCAGAAUAGAGGAUGUAGGAGUUGCCAUUACAUCGAUUGUGGGACUGGUGUUUUCUACAGCAUAUGCUAUUAUAUUUAUGUGCUGGUCAAGGAAAGGAUCUCCAGACGACAAGCAGUGGUGGUGGCGCCUGAAUAUUUGUAACAUUGUGGCUCUUGUCUCCAUCCUCAUUGCCCUCAUUUGCAGCAUUGUGUCUAAAGAUCAAAGCUGCACGAUCAAUGUUCCAAUCUGGAUCAUACUGACUCUAUCAGCAGUCACUGUUGUGUUAAUGCUAUCCAGAUCAUUCCCAGUUUGCAGCAGAAACAAAGGAACUAAUGAGAACAGCCAUGCUGAAGUAGAACAGGAUCGUGGAGAAGUUCAGGAAUUACAAACUCUCAGCCCAGGUCAUGAAGCUGAACCUGAAAAUCAUCCGGUCAGUUAGAAGAGGCACGACAGCCUUCAGUUCCAGAGGUUACUGUGAGGGCAGGUUCUGUGUCCCUGCUGUAGACUGGAGCCUGGAAAAUCCUUCCCUCCAACACUGGGGAACAUGGUGCUCUGCAGCUGUAACUUGUCUCACCCUGAGUGAGAACACCACUGCAUUCAUUUCAGCUCUCAGCUUCCGGUGAGAAAUUCAAUCCUUGAUAAUCUGGCAAAAUUGUCAUUGGCACCGGAAUCAUCUAAAGGAACCAUGAAAGAGGAGCCCAGAGGGGCUCAGUCCACAAGACCUUAUGGGUUUGUCACUGAUUUAGAUCUCUGGAAGGUGCAAUAACUACAUAAUAUGUGCUUCAGAAGACAGUCCUGACUGCAAUCUGGGACAUCAAAAUCAGGCUCCCACACACAGUUGAACUGCUUUGCCUGAUGACGACAACCACAAUCAGGUUUAUUGUCACUGUGUUAUGAGAUGAAAUUUGUUGUUUUGUGACAAGAUCACUGCCUUUCAGAUUCCUCGCCUCGGGAUCAUUCAUUGCUGAUCUCUACCACAUCUCACACUUUACUCCUUGAUGCUGCCUGGCUGGAGCCCUGGAGGGUCACCAAGGCCCCUUGUACAACAAGCACCUCUUGUGGUUAAUGUUCCCCACCAGAACGACAAGGUCUCUCUGAGUUCCUCUCGUUUCCCAUCAUUUCCAAUCUGUUUGUGAAGCAGCAGCACUUCCUAUUGCUUGUAUUUGUUUGUGCCAUCGAGGCUGACUUCCCCUGUCGUAGCAGAGAGGUGAAGUGCUGGCAGCUGAGAGAGAUCAAACUGAACAUCCCGAUGUCACCAUUUUCACUCUCGGCCAUGGCAUUGCUCUUCCAUCACGUCGGUGUUACAGGAGUUACCCUUUGUACCCUCGCAGGAGUCAGUUGGAACUGGAGUUCCCCUGUUCACCAGUUUACUGGAAUCUGUGCAAUGAAAUCACCCGGCUACAGUUUCAGGACAAUAAUCCCCAUUCAUUCACGCAUUGUUAACCCUGAGCAUAAUAAUGAGGCCGGCAUCAUCCAACUCGGAGUGAGACAUCAGUGAUGAGCAUUUUCUUCAUCAAUCUACAAAUAUCCAACUAUUACUCCUGGGCCAUCCUGAGAAGGGUCACAGAGUCACACAGCACAGAAACAGGCCCUUUGGCCCACCAAGUCCAUGCUGACCUUGUUACCACUCUCCACUGAUCCCAUUUGCAAUCAUUGUGGGAUCGGCAUCAAAUUUGUCAUUUUCCUGCCCAGAUUGUCUGCUGUUAGUCAUACUGAGGACAGUGUGUAGACUCCACCCCACCUUUGUGUUGUUGUAUCAGACUAAACCAGUGAAUCCAAGCCCAGAAAUCCUUUCCAUUUUGUACAAGUAUUAAAAUUGCUCUGGCUGUUACACUAAUGCUGUCAUCAGAAAUCCCGUAAAGAUUGUGAUUUUCCCCAGUACCAAUACCAGAUACAGCAUUUCCUCACAAAGUCCCUCCCAUUUCUGUACAGUGAGCAGUGAAACUGAAAUAAAACUCUAUGAGUUUGAAUUUUUGUAUUGGAGGGUAAUUUGGGGAAAUUUUAAUCCUAUGUUGUAUGUACAUGUGUAUAUUGGCAUUUUAGACAGGUUACCUGAUGCCUCUUUAUGAUCAUUGCUGAUCCAAUAAAACACUUCUGUUUCACUGUUGGUGAUAAUUCUCUAAUAGGAUCAGUCUAACUAUGGGAUAAUUUACAAUGUUCAAUUAACCUCUCAUCUCUAGACUGUGGGAGAACAGUGGAGCAUCCACGGAAACCCGCAGUCACAGGGAGUGGGUAUGAACUCCGUACACACUGUGGUGGGAAUUGAACCUAGGUCACUGGUACUGCAAAUCAUUGUGCUAACCUCUACACCACCACGCCACCCCUCACACCUCAGUAACCUCCUGACAGAGGCUGCUCUGGCUUCAUCAGCUCCAGACCACAUCACAGACUUGCUCCAAAUUCAGUCCAAAGAGCUGAAUUUGAGACGGGAGACGAGAGUGACGGCCCUUGUUAUCAAAGCAACAUUUCACUGAGUGGAAUUGAAGAGCCAUACAAAACGUAAGUCAGAGGGAUAUAACUACAGAAAAUGCUGGAAACACUCAGCUGUUUAGGCAGCAUCUGUGGAAAGAGAAACAGAAUUAAUGUUUCAGGUUGAGGAUGUCAGAACUGGGAAAGAUUGAAAACAGGUUGGUUUUAAAUUACACGGAGGAUGGAGGGGGUCGGUGAAACAAAGGGUCAGAGUUCUCGUGGGGUACGUUGUAGAUGAGGUCAUCGGGUGUGUAAUGAAUGAAGUUAUUAGGGAGGUGGAACAUGAACAAAGGAACAUAAAACUCUACAGUGAGGGAGAGGAGCACACACAAAGGGAUGUAAAAGUUGUGAAAUGCAGAGCUGUAGGAAAUGCCCAGCAGGCCUGUUAAUGGACAGAGAAGAACUGAGUCAAUGUUACAAGUGGAUGAGCUGCAGCAGAACUGAUGGUUCUGAGAGAAUUAGAGACAACAGGCUGUCUGAUGUUGAAUAUCGAGUCUGAGAGGCUGCAGUGUGGUCAGAGGAAGAUUUUCAUUUACAGUUGAGACAAAGUGAAUUGAACCCACUGGCUGGAACCACUGUUUACAUAAAGGAAGGUGGGUGUGGUUGUUGGAGUUUAAUCAUCCCAGUCCCAGGACGUUGCAACAGGAGUCCCUCAGGGCAGUGUUCUACACCUGGCCAUCUUUAGCUGCUCUGUCAAUGACCUUCACACAGUCAUAAGGUCAGUUCUGUCGGGCAAUGAGACAUUUAUGCCCAUGCAUACAGAAACUUGGACCAUGCUGAGACCAGGGGUGAUAAGUAGCAAGUGCUGUUGGAGGGAGCCAUGAGGGAUUGAUUGGUGGAAUGUCUGUUUGUCAGGAAACCAAUGUGAUGAGAAAAUAAUAGACCUCUGUAAAGUGAAAUGUAGAACACUGAGAACAUUGUGCGCUGGGUCACAAUGUGAGAUAAUUACAGUGAAUGUCAGGUGCUGAAGCUGCAGAGGAUGAAGUGAAUCUGUGACACUUGCUGUGAAGCCUCAUGAGAUUGGAGUGUGAGAGUGUAGCCUCUGGCGAUUUGUUGAACCACUGAAGGGUUAACAAGCUUAUUCAGGGCAAGAGGGAAAAUAAUAGACCUCUGUAAAGUGAAAUGUAGAACACUGAGAACAUUGUGCGCUGGGUCACAAUGUGAGAUAAUUACAGUGAAUGUCAGGUGCUGAAGCUGCAGAGGAUGAAGUGAAUCUGUGACACUUGCUGUGAAGCCUCAUGAGAUUGGAGUGUGAGAGUGUAGCCUCUGGCGAUUUGUUGAACCACUGAAGGGUUAACAAGCUUAUUCAGGGCAAGAGGGAGAAGGCCGGUUGGGAGAAUUCACUGCUAGUGGCAGUUUGAUGGAGCAUUUGUGAUGGGAGGUAAUCUUGAUGAUGUAAAACCACUCUGAUGGUGAGAUAAUGUGUCCCUCAGUGAGAGUGAACCCCCACUGGGAUAAUGUUUUUCGAUGAAUCAAAAAUAGUACUUCUAAUUUUUUCUAAACUUAAACAAGAAAUAGUUUGAGAGAACCACUGAAAUGUGGUAGGAGGAUUUACUUCUUUCCAAUUUUGUAAUAUAGAUCUCCUGGCCAUUAAUGUUACAAAGGCAAUCAUUCGUCUAAUUGAAGGGGAUUAGAAGUACUAGAAAAUUAGAAGUACAAUUUUUGAUUCAUCAAUUAAAUUUGAAGAAACUUGGGGACCGUUCAUUCGACACUUUCAUAUGAAUUAAUUUGUCUUCUUCCAGACCUUUACUCUUUUUAUUCUUGUUCUAGUAUGGAGUUCUGGAGUUUUUGACACUAUCAUAUACAUAUAAACUAUUAUUAUUGUCCAUGUUAGUUUAGGUUUAUUUUUUUAUUUCUUUAAAUAUACAUUUUUUCUUGUAUUUUAUACUUUUUUUUCUUUUGAUGAUUAUUUUUAAUCUUUUUCAUGUAUAAUCAAUAUAGAUUGGA